GGACUGAGGAAGGAAGAGGAGAAGAAACAUGUUCACCACAGAGGGGCAGCCAUGGCUCAUCAUAUACCCAGGGCCGUUGCCGUGGACAUGAGAGCUUCAAGGAGCUGGGCGGCUCCUCGGGGACCCCUGCUCUACCGGCCGGGCCCCCGGUCAGGAUGGGGACGGCCGAAGGGGCUUCCGGCAGGGGUCGUCCUCCCAGGCCGGCGAGGGCAGCGCUGAAACACGUUUUGGCUGCCAGAGACUGGCCGCAUGUUUGGAAACGAAGCCAGAGUCGUCUCAAGCCCGCAGCAGCUACAUGGCGCUGGCUCCUCGUUGCCGGGUUUGCCAUGCUAAGUCCAGGCAUCCCUCAACGGCUCCGCACCUGGUCAUCUCCCAUGCCUGGGACUUUGCUGGAAUCCCUGGCUUGGCGGUCCAUGACCCAGUAUACCAUGCUGAGAAGGCCCCGUGCCCAGCUAUAUCAGGCGUCGUCUAAGCCGGGGAUUCGAGAAAUUGCAGCACCACAGCACCAGGAGUGUAGUCCGCGUGUGAGCCCGUAUUAUCGUUCUGGCACGUUGCGCUCAACUUCAGGAUCCCAUCAUCAUCAUAAUGCGCCACGGGUUUCUGCUGCAAGGACGAAUAAAACUGAGCCUAACGCUUGCACAUAUGGUGAUUUCUCUGACUCGGCAGCACCUCUAGGACCAAACAGAGACAAUAUUCAACACAGCCACAGGUGAGCGCCGCCCCCUCGGCUGUGGCCUACAUCUGGGUUGAGUCAGGGGCCAGUAGUGUCACCGGACGAUCCGUAUGCCGGCCUCUUGCAAGCUUGGCUUAUACAAAGCCAAGUGCCGGAGGGGCGGUGCCGAUUCUCAGAGGUGCUGAUCAAGGCUGGAGAAUGGCCAUGUGCCAGCUGGGCAGCUACCGGUGUGGGCCGUGCUGAAGAAGACUCUAGAGCUGUACGCGUAGCCAGGUCGGCGGCAGCGCUACCGAAGCAUUACGCAGCCUCGGCCGUGGCCUAUGUAUGGGCGGUGCUCUUUGCACGGCGAGGCUGGAUGGAUGCUGGAGUUCUGGUUGACUGCAAUGGGAAAGUGGAAAGUGGAAAGU